CCACCUCUCAGCUCACCUCCGCAUUCAGUAUCCCUCAGCCCGCUGCAAGUAGGUCCCCAUGUCGUCAUCGGCGGCAGCGCACCAGAAGGCGACCGCGGCGGCGGCGGCGGCGGCUCCCGCCGAGGAGGAGGAGGCUGGGGGGCCUUACCCCAUCGAGCAGCUCCAGGCAUCUGGAAUAGCCGCAGUCGAUGUGAAAAAGCUCAAAGAUGCUGGUCUGUGCACAGUGGAGUCUGUUGUUUAUUCUCCAAGGAAAGAUCUUCUGCAAAUUAAAGGAAUUAGUGAAGCCAAAGUCGAUAAGAUAAUUGAAGCAGCUUCGAAGUUGGUUCCACUGGGAUUUACUAGUGCCACCCAACUUCAUGCACAGAGGCUUGAGAUUAUCCAAGUUACAACAGGAUCAAGAGAACUUGAUAGAAUAUUGGAGGGAGGAAUAGAAACAGGGUCUAUCACAGAGCUUUAUGGUGAAUUUCGAUCUGGGAAGACUCAGUUGUGCCACACUCUAUGUGUCACAUGUCAGCUCCCAUUGGACCAAGGUGGUGGUGAAGGAAAGGCUCUCUAUAUUGAUGCAGAAGGCACAUUCAGGCCACAAAGACUCCUCCAGAUAGCAGACAGGUUUGGCUUGAAUGGUGCUGAUGUUUUGGAGAAUGUAGCUUAUGCCAGAGCAUAUAAUACUGAUCAUCAAUCAAGACUUUUGUUGGAAGCAGCUUCCAUGAUGGUGGAGACAAGGUUUGCACUCAUGGUUGUAGAUAGUGCCACUGCCCUAUACAGAACUGAUUUCUCUGGUAGAGGGGAGCUAUCAGCAAGGCAAAUGCAUCUAGCCAAGUUUCUGAGGAGCCUUCAGAAGUUAGCGGAUGAGUUUGGGGUGGCAGUGGUAAUUUCCAAUCAAGUUGUGGCCCAAGUGGAUGGCGGUGCGAUGUUUGCUGGGCCACAGAUCAAACCCAUUGGCGGGAACAUCAUGGCUCAUGCUUCCACAACGAGGCUUUAUCUCCGUAAGGGAAGAGCGGAGGAGCGUAUCUGUAAAGUGGUAAGCUCUCCCUGCCUGGCUGAAGCUGAAGCAAGGUUUCAGAUAUCACCUGAAGGCGUCACAGAUGUGAAGGAUUGAAAGUGCUAUUUGCUUGUCCUGGGAUACAUGCCAAUGCUCCUAUCCAUCUCCAGCCUGCUGAUUGCAUCUUCAGUAACAGAUGCUAGCUUGUGCUGAUGCAGGCCCUUCUGUACAGCAACCACCUGCGUGCAGAGGCACCGUAGGUAAUAGGGUUCCCCUGGAUGGAAAUGGGUUGGCAGAGAGAAAAUGUGAUGUGCAGUUAAUCACCCCUAAUAGAUGUUUUCUCAUCUUGUUCCUCAUUGUCAAUGUAGUGCAACACUUGCAUCAAGCAGCUAUUCAAAUUUGAGUGGCCCAAUGAUCCUCCCUCAUUUGAUCAGCUUAUGUAUUUUUUUGUUUUGACCAACAAAAACAGCUUACUAGUAUGAACUUAUGUUUCCAUUUGACCUUGCCCAUAUCAUAGGUUUUAGCAUACACUGUGAUUAAGGUUGGUAUGGUCAGGGUUGAUGGACCAGAAAAUGCAAUUAUCCUAAAAGGUGUAGGUAGGCCCCAGAA